GCCCUGUCGAAUCAACUGAGAAGGGAUCUGCAGAGCAAACACCAUGAGUAUCUCGGCUCUUGGAAGCAGCUCUAAAGGGAAGCCCCUACCACCAGGUGAGGAAGAACGCAAUAAUGUCCUCAAACAGAUGAAGGUUCGAACCACACUGAAGGGGGACAAGAGCUGGAUCACCAAGCAGGCUGAAUCGGAGGGGCACACUCUAGAGCUGCCCUCUGGUCGGAGUCGUGCCACAUCUUUUUCAUCAGCUGGGGAAGUCCCAAAGGCCAGGCCUCCAAGCACGAGGGCUCCCACUGGCUAUAUCAUCCGGGGAGUGUUCACCAAGCCCAUAGACAGCUCGUGUCAGCCCCAGCAGCACUUCCCCAAGGCCAACGGAGCUCCAAAAAGUGCUACCGGUCUACUGAGAGCAGCUCCUACUGGGCCUCCCCGCCCCUCCUCCUCUGGCUAUAAGAUGACCACUGAGGAUUACAAGAAGCUGGCACCCUACAAUGUCAGACGCAGCUCAGCAUCAGGGGCUGCUGAAGAGGAGGAGGUGCCCUUCUCGUCUGACGAGCAGAAACGGAGGUCAGAGGCUGCAAGCAGUGUGGUGAGGAAGACAGCUCCCCGGGAGCACUCCUAUGUUCUGUCAGCAGCCAAGAAGAGCACCAGCAGCCCUACCCAGGAGAUGCAGGCCCCAUUCAUGGCGAAGAGGGUUGAGGUGGUGGAUGAGGACAGGCCUUCUGAGAAGAGCCAAGACCCACCUACUCCAGCAAGAUCCCCUCCUGGCUCAAACAGUACAAGAGGUGAGGAGAUUGUCCGCCUGCAGAUCAUGACACCUGGGGCAGGACUUCGCCUGAUGGCCCCAGACCUGGAAGGAAUGAGUUCUUCCCCAGGCUCCAAAGACAAAGAGGCUCCCAGCCCUAGAGAGGCCAAGAGAGACUUGUUUGGUGAGGAGGCCUGCAAGAGCCCCAGUCCAGACUCUGAAAGGUCAAGCACACAGUCAAGCGAUGGCAAUGUGGGAUCCAGAGCCAUGAGCUUCCUACCUGAAGGCUUGACUGGAGCAGACAUUGGCUCUGGGAGAGGAGGCUCCAGUGCCACUCUGGCCUCUGCUGGACCAGCUGACUGGAAGAGUGACAGUCCAGCAGACCUGGAUGACAGGGAGGCACACCUGAAGGGCACCUUGCCUGGUUCUGAAGAGAAGAAUGUGGCUGCCAAGGUGGGAGAGACCUUCAAAGGGAUUCUCUUUGUGAAGGAAUACAUGAAUGCUAGUGAGGUAUCCUCCGGGAAGCCAGUGUCUUCAUGCUACAGCAGUAUUAGAUGCACUGAGGACCCAUGUGACAUGGAGAAGAAACCUGCAUGUGACAGCUCUUUGUACUCUAAGAGAACAAGUGGAAGGAUCUGUACUUACUGCAACCAGGAGAUCAGAGACUGUCCAAAGAUUACUCUAGAGCAUCUUGGCAUCUGCUGCCAUGACUACUGCUUUAAGUGUGGGAUUUGCAGUAAACCAAUGGGUGAGCUCCUGGAUCAGAUCUUCAUUCACCGUGACACCAUCCAUUGUGGGAAAUGCUAUGAGAAGCUCUUCUAG